GACUUGUUUUCCUGAAUUUUCAUUGGUCAGUUUUUGUCAACGCUGCAAUUUUUGCUUCCGCUUUCUUUGUCAUCAUGACGCAACAGCAAAACAAGGGGAAAGCCCAGUGUUGUUCCAUUUUACAGUACAGCAUUUGAAAUAAAUUCGUGAAUGAUGUGAAUCUAAAGGGUUUUAAAGUGAUAUGAUGGAAUUAUUAAACGAGAGUCGUGAAGUAGAAAUGAAAGAGAAGACUAUGACGGUUGACACAAGCUCAAUUGAUAAUGAAAGGAAGCGAGGAAUUUUAUUAAUUGAUAUCAACCACGAAAAGAUGCAGGUCCAUAGAAUUAUAGAAAUAGUUUUUAUAGUUCUGUUCUUGUGAUCAAUGUCUACUUUUGAUAGGCGUGCUAUGGGUGCAUUGGUAUAAUCCAAAGCUGAAAGGGAUUUGGAGUAAUAACUUUUCAUUUGUCAGCUAGUGCGCAUUUAGUUAUUCUCUCCCCCCCCCUGCAUACUGUUUGUAGGGGCCCUUUUAUAGCAAGUAGAAGCAUCUGGCAUGAGGCAGAAUAAUGAAGCUGGGUGCAUCCGGAUUAAUAGAUUACAGCCAACACAUGCCGCAUAUUUGCCCCAGGCAUUCGCUUAUAUAUGUCAUUAUAGAUCGUCAUCAUGCCCUCCCUAAAUGUGUGAUUUUAAUUAUUACCAGGUUGAAAACAAAGAGGAUUUUGUCCGAAAACUAGCAUGCCCUGAAGACGAGACUUUGAAAGUUGUCUCAAUAUUUGGCAAUACCGGUGAUGGGAAAUCACACACUUUGAACCAUGCGUUCUUUUCCGGAGAAGAAGUGUUUGCCACUUCAACAUCACAAACCUCUUGCACGGUUGGCAUCUGGGCUGCAUAUAACGAGGACAACCACUUGCUUAUUGUCGAUUCAGAAGGUCUACUAAGUACUUCAAAUAAUUCACACCAACGAAAACGUCUACUUAUGAAAAUACUUGCCAUUUCCGACGUGAUAAUAUAUCGCACAAAAGCGGAGCGAUUGCAUUCAGAUAUGUUCAGUUUUCUUGGUGACGCAUCUAAAGCAUAUCUGAAACAUUUCUCACCGGAGUUGAAGGCUGCAAUAGAAAGGGGACAGUUGAAUUUACCCUUGUGUUCACUUGGGCCAUCUGUGGUCAUAUUCCAUGAAACUCAUCGUACUGACGUUCUGGGAACUCAAAGCGAUGAUUUGGGUAAUCAAAAUUUGUGACUUUGUAUAACUUUAGCCAUUUCUUGCCUGCAUGCAGUUGGGCAGUCAUUCAGCCAGUUUGUCUCUGUCAUUCAGGCAGGCAUCAGUCAGGCAUUUAGUAAGUUGAUUAGUCAGUCAGAUAAUUGAUAAGUUGAUUAGUCAGUCAGGCAAUCAGUUGGUUGAUCAGGUAGCCUGGUAGCCAGUUGUUUGAUUGGUUGGUGAGGUAAUCCGUAAGUUUGCUGGUCAGUCAGGCAGCCAGUCAGACAGACAGCAGUCGAUCAGGUCAGUCCAUUUGUUGGCAGUCCAGCAAUGAAUCAGUUGGUUGGUCAUAACUCAGUAUUGGUCUUCCAGUGAGUCAGUCUGACAGUCAUUUGAGCAGUUAGUUGAUCAGUCUAUCUGGUUGUCAGUCGAUUGUUGGUUGGUCAAUCGGCUGGUCUCCCAUUGAGUAGUCUGUUGGUCAUUCGUCCAAUUUUACCAAUCUUCUAUUACCAACAGGUGAAUCCAAAUCAGCUGAUGAAAUAUUGAAAGAAAGAUUUGCAGAUGUUGGGCGUGAUCCACAAGCAUUUAGUUCAAUAAAAUACGUGGGCACCAAGACAUUGAGUGACAACACAAAUUUUCAACAAUUAUUUCAGACAGUGAUUGAGCUUACUAAUGACACAUCCGUACGUUCUCGGCGACCAAUUGGAGUCAUUUAUGAUGUAUUAAAUGUAAGGGUACAUUCAGAUGAAAUACCGUUUCAGAGACUCAAAAUUAAAAAAGAAGCAUGCCCCUGGACCCGUCCCAGAUUGAAGGGACAGAACAAUUGUAUUGUAUUGCCUGAAAAUACUUAGCUACCCUCUCAUAGAUCUUAGCUUCCUUGUCGGGGAAUUCCUGGGCCACUACUAUAUAAAGAAAAGAACUGACAAUUUAAAUAUUAGCCAUUAAACCAUCACCUGCUGACUAGGGCCUUCCCUCAAAACGUCGAAGUUCUCCUUAUUCAAGCAGUUGCAUUCCUAUCAAUCCGAAGCUUUUGUCUUAUUGAAUCAUGACUAACAGCUCUACAGCUUAUAAUCUGCCCAGUUGUCACUGCUAUAUGUCGAUGUUGAAGACGAGAAACAUUUUCUAUUUUAAUCUUUUCCAGCACCUCAAUGAAAAAUUCAAAGGUGAAAUUGAGAAUGUGGUCCCAGACACCUUCCCAGAUUCAUAUUUCACUUGCUGGACACACUGUCAAUGUUGCAGGUACGUAGCCAUGAACGCGUUUCUGAAACCCUCCUACCAAAUUCAUACUUUCAGUGCUUGAAAAAUUUAGCAAUGUUUUAUUUUACAGGACAAGGUGUGAAGGAACCAUGAAUCAUAGCCAUGAUGGAACUGCUCACAAGUCGGAGAAAAGCUGUCUUUAUGUAGCACAAUUUGAUAACAGAUAUUUCACUUGUAAUGUACGUAAAAAAUUAAUCAUUUUGAAGUAAAUUUAUUCACACUAGAUAGCUCUAGCAAUUCUAAACGUUCUUCCUAGAGGCUAAGUAAGAGGCACUUCUUACUAACACAUUGUCACUGUAGGAGAAGUAUACAACUACACAGGUAAAAACGCACAAGUUGUAACAAAGCUGCAGCAGACUUGUAGCAAUGCUGUUCCAAUGGUUCCAACAACUUGUCAACAGGAUGUGUUCCCACUGCUUGUUCCCAGCUUGUGGACAAGUUGUCAACGGCUUUGUUGACAACUUGCUACAAGGUUGUUGAGCUCAACACUCAACAGACUUGUUACAAGUUGUUCCAACAACUUGUUAUCGUCCUGCAAUUCAACAAUUUGUCAACAAGUUGUGAGUGACAACCUUGAGCAACUUGAUAUAAUAACUUGUUGACAAGCUUGCUACAAGCCUGUUGCGAACACAUCUUGUUGACAACUUGUGAGAUUUUUACGUGACAGUGUACCUGAAAAAUAUAAGCAGAAUUUCGACGUUUCGAGCAAGGGCCCUUUUUCGGGAAGUUAGUAUUAGCAGGUAGUUGUAUAUCUCUCUCACUCCAUGUGCAGCUGUUCAAAUUGGAAGCAACAAAGCACUUUAUGUAUAAAUGUUUAGGCAUGUUAUCAACGUGGAAAAGAAAACCUAGUGAUUGCCAACACAUACGCCGCUGGUGAUGGUUCUUUGAAAGGACUGGCCACUUACGCUUGGUCAGGGUAGGUGUCAUUAUUGUACUUAGUAGUUCAACUUUGCCUACCCCUGUCAGUUCCAAGCUGUUCUCCCAAGACGUCCAGUAAAGGCCACUCCUUAUUAAUCCAAUGUUACUAUGGGUAAUACUGGAAUACUCGGAGAAAGCAUGUGGUGAAUGAAUGAUUAAUGAAAGACUUUAUUUUACGAGGGUAAACACUAAACAGUAAAACGGAUGAACUUGUGGCCCUCUAAAAUGACGGUCAGUGGUGUUUGGCAGAGUAGAAAGGAGAAGCACUCUUCUCACAUGUAUGCGAAUGAGGUUAUAGUCAGACAGCUACACAUUGCAGGAAUCUAAGUCCAGUUGAAGAAAUGGACAUACACUAACUAUCAUGACACUUUUUCAAAGGUACGUUCUUGAGUGCGCAGAAUGUGGUGUAAUAUACAGAAGUCGUAAGUACUGGUAUGGAAACACUGAUCCAGAGAAGACCGUUGUUAGAACUCAAUUGAAACACAUCUGGGAAGGUGUAAGUCAACUUUUGUAAUAGAGAGCUUUUCACGUUACUUCCAGUACACAAUCCAUGCACGAUUUGUCAUUUGCGCGCCAUUACAAAUCCCUCUAGAAUUUGCUGACGUCAUUCAUAAUCGUGAAACUUUAGUUACAUACAACCGAUUCUCCAGAGUUCACUUGUGACCAGCUAUUUGUUCGAUGUAUAUAUAUCAGUUAAAAUACUCAUUAAUAAUUUAUGAAGAAAAUUCAAAAGAAAUUAAUGUUUAAUCAAUCUUUGUAAAUCGGAUAAAAAUUUGUUCUCAUUUACAUGAACUUCAACUAUGAUUUUCUCGGCUUAGACAAUGUUUAUUUUUAAAAUUACUUCGCGAAUGAACUCGUAAGAUGGGUCGUAUUUUAAGCACGUUAAAACAUUCGCAUCCAAUCUUUAUCUGAUGUACAAACUCUCGUCUUCGGCUCGAGUUUGUAUAUCAGAUAAAGAUCGGCUGCUCAUGUUUUAACUACAGUACAUAUAUAUUGUUGCAAAUCUGAGUUCGCGUCGGCUUGGUUGUCUUGCGAUACAAUUAGCAAAUGUAAUGAACACAAAAAUAGACGAAAAUUGUACGAUGCAGGCUCGUGCAGCACUUUCCUUGCGAUAGUAACUCCUAGUUCAUGAUGUCUGUCCUGUUUAGGAACACUAUGGAGACGUAAAUCACACAGGACGUCGGGUUUUGGACGGCUUGAAUCUUGUUAAGCAAACUGUCGAUGUAGUCAGCGAAGUGCCAUCAAGAUAUAUUAAAGACUUGGUGUCAGACGCAAUUGCACCUGGAUAUUGGGUGCCAAAUUCAGAAAUAAAGGUCUGUCGAGUGUAAUGUAUAUCCUUCAAAAACUCAUUAAUUCAUGAGGAAAACAUUUUAAAGAAAAAUCAUAAGCGUGUCGUAUCUUUAUAUGUGAUAGAGAUUUCCCUUGAUUUACAUAAACUUUGAUUUUCUCGACUUACACAACGUAUUUUUUGAAAAUUACUUCGCCAAUGAACUUACCAGAUCGUCAUCGAUCGCUUUUGAAGCAAUUUAAAACAUUCGCAGUGCGUGCAUGUUUUAUCAGACCUAAAGAUACUCGGCUUCGCCUCGUAUCUUUAUAUCUCAUAAAACACUACUGCUCAUGUUUUAAAUAGUACAUAAGCCAUGAGCGACCGUGUUGUAUAGAGCGAAAUAGGGCAAUUUAGGGCAAAUACAUGAAUUAUAACUAGAAAUUACGAAAGGACAUGUAAAUUGAAAUAUUUUUUCUUAAUGACGAUAGGAGUGUCAUAGUUGCCAACAUAUAUUUACAACGUCUGAAAGGAAACAUCACUGUCGUGCCUGCGGUCAGGGUUUCUGUCAUGAUUGCUCCGACUACAUCAUGCCUGUGCCUGACAAAGGAUGGGGCAGUGCGCCCGUGAAAGUUUGCGAAACUUGUGUCCAGGAAAGAAAGACAUCGGAAAACAGCGUGGGUGUUGAAGGAGAGGUGGUGGUGGUGGAUAUGAGGUAGAGAAUAAUGCGUUAUGAGGGAAGGGGCACUAUAUUUCAGGAGGAGAGGUGAAGGGGAAGUAUUAGGGGGGGGGGGGGAGUAGGACCCUAGGCAUGAGCUCAUUUCUGUAGCUCAGUGAUCAACGCUGCACCGGAAUAUAUCGCUGGUUGCAGGACGCAUGUUCGAUUCCUGUCGGAGGCAUUAAAAAUACAUUUUGUUUUGUAGUGCUUUAAAUGAUGCCCUUGAUGAGGAAGACCAAAAUUCAGGCAAGGAUGACCUGCGCGCCCGCAAGGUUGGAGAAGUGUUACACAACUCCGUGAGUAAACUGGCACUAGUAGUGGACUUCCCAAGAGAAAUAAUCAACAAUGUUGCACGUCCAUCUUACUGGACAGCGGAUGCCGAUAUAGUGACAUGCUCAUGUUGCGAUCACAAGUUUCGCAUCAUAGACUCGAAACAUCAUUGCCGCGCCUGCGGACAAGGUGUAUGCGGUAAAUGUUCAAGUAAAAAGCGCGCGGUUCCUGCAAGAGGGUGGGACUAUCCGGUGAGAGUUUGUGAUAAGUGUGUCGAGGAAAUGUCGUAAAAUACACUAGUCACAAUACAAGCAACGCCGAAUGAUAAUGAACUUCAUAAAAGCUGAAAACUCGAAAUAGUUCACACAUAUAUGGACUAUAUAGAGUCCAUAUUCCAGUUCUCGCAUCUCAUUUGGAAAGUAUUGCCCCAGUUUUAUGUGGGGCGAGUUGAUUAGCCUGCAGAAACCAACAGAUAGGAAUGCGAAGACGGAUUGUUGAAAGUGUCAAGAUAACCCAGUGCCUGUCAAUCUCGUACCCAGAGCAAUGUCUGUGCGCGGACGAGGAAGGCAUUGGCUCUGGGGAAAUAGACAACCGGAAACCCUAAAUUUAGGGGUUCCGGUUGUUGUCUGCAUGCACUAUUCCAGGGUUGCCAGAUUGCUGAAUAAAUAAGCCAAAUAUUAUUAUAAUAACCUUUUGUUUUCUUUGUUGGAAACAAAGACAUCAACGGGACGCUUAUAACAAUGUUUGGCUUAUUUAUUCAGCAAUCUGGCAACCCUGCACUAUUCAUAAACGUUAAACCAAUCACAGCACGGGAAAAAUUCUAUUUCCCCAGAGUCAAUGUCUCCCUCGCCCGCGCACAGGCAGUCUGGGUACGAGAUUUGCCAAUCUCGUUCCCCGAGCCUGCGAUCGUCGGGAAGGAACGUGAGGCUCUGGGAUAAUCCGUUGCCGGAAGCCAGGAAUACUGGCUAAGACUGAACUGCGCAUUCCAUAUCAACGGCCAAUCAUAUUCCUCCCUGAAACGGAUUAUCCCAGAGCCUCACGUUCCUUCCCGAGGAUCGCAGGCUCGGGGAACGAGAUUGGCUAAGUGCAUGAAUGACACUUCAAAUGACACACAGUUAUUUUAAUUUAGCAGAAAUGCGCCCCAAUUUUAACUGAAUAGAUAAUUUAUGUAUAUGGACAAAUUUUAUCACAAAAUAUUGUAUUUUUUACGAUACGAGUGAGAAAAAUAAUUAACGGUUAUGAAAUUAAGGAUAGUGUUAUGUAAAAUUUAAUAUCAGCCAAUCAAUGUGUUUACCCAUAGACUGAAAGUUAUAUUUCAAUCUUCAUUGUA